AUGGAUGACAAAUCUAGGUCAUCCCUCAGCAAUAUACUCUGUCAACUGUCGUCGAUAGGAACACAGUCCUUAUCUGAAUCAGAGUCGGAGGUCAAGCUGAACGAAGGUUCAAAGCGACCUCUCAAUAUCUCACCGACCUCUCCAAGCCAGCAUUUAACAAAUUCCAAGAGAAAAAGAGUUGCAAUAAACAGCACUUACAAUCCACAUUCACGAGAAAAGCUUUUAUCACGAAUAGAAACAUAUGGAAUAUUGAAUUGGACAGUUGAGGAUUCUACAUUGACUCCCCUCAAAUGCGGUUUAUAUGGCUGGAGAUGCCGAACUGGGGAUAAAAAUAUGCUGGAAUGCGUUUCAUGCCAUCAUAGAUUAAGCAUUCAAUUGAAUGAGUUUCACUCUUCGGUGGACAAUGAAUUCAGUGAAGAUGUUGGAACUUCAAUUGGAUAUGGGAAUCUCAUUUUUCAGUUUGAUGAAGAGGAAGAUACUGAUUACGAAAAGUUCAUGAUUUUAAGACAGUCUUUGGUGGAUCGAUACCUGAGUAUGAUGUGCAAGACUGUUCUUGAAAAUGGAUCUCAUAAAAAGUAUUGUCCGUGGACCGUGAAGCACUCCAGUUUAUCUGACUACCACAUUUCUAUGAACGAUAUUGGAUACUUCCUAGGCAGACUUGUCAAAAAUGUAAACGUACUGAGAGAUAACAAAAAGUUUUGGAGUAAUAAAAGUUUCAUUCAUGGGCUAAAUAAUAAAGACUUGAAGAUAUUAGUGAGUUGGAAUAAAACUCAGCGGUUUAACAACAAAUUGACCAACACAUCGGGUUACGAUGAUAUAAAAUCUAUAAUAGUGUCUCUUUUUAGUUGGGAACUAUCUAAGCAAAGGUUUCAAAAUAGAACCGUCUGCUUACUGAGAUGCAAUCAAUGCUUUCGAAGAAUUUUGCUGGGUUCUUUUGAUGAACAAUUACUUCGCAGCCGUGACUCUCACUUUCAGCCCGGUAAGUUGGAAGAUGAACUGAACUUAACUCCUUCAAAAGUGCUGACACCAGUGCCAUAUAUCUCCGACUAUACUGAUUCCAUCUAUGACGAGAAUGAAUCAGAUGUUGAUCUUAUCAACGAUCAUCAUACGUGGUGUUCCAUAAUAUCGAAUUCAAGCUCCACUGCAGAACUUGGUUACAGGACCAUUUUGCGAAUGAUGGACUCGAUAACUCACUACAACGUUCAAGACGAUGAUGGUGACGAUGUUGUGGCAGAUCUAUCUGACAAUUUGACAAGAGAAACGGAAGAUAUGGUUAUUAGUGGAACCUCCAUGAAUGAUAUCAUGUCCAUAUCCCCCAACACCAAGUACGAUGACUGGAAAGAAACAAAGUCUGUUACAGAGAGUUUAAGGAGGCUAAGGGACUUAGGUCAUGCUAUAUAA